CACAAGUUGGUCAAAGACGGAGCGCAGGAAAACUGAACAAGUUGCUACAUGGAUCUACGAGAGUCUCGUUUGUAAGAUCCAGCAUGCCCCUAGAAGGAUGGAGCCCCCGGGGUAUCUGAGAACAGCGCCCCGCUCAGCUCUCCCGCAUUCCCGAGCUCUGGGGGCCGCGCCGCGCACCUCUCUGACCUCCCAGUAGCGGCCGAGGGGACACAAAAGCUUUUUAACCAUGCCUGGAUGGAAGUCUCAAUGGCAUCUUGUCCUCCUGAACUCCCUGACCUGCGGGCUGGAGAUCUGUGUGGCGGCUGGAAUCACAUAUGUCCCCCCCCUGUUGCUGGAGGCCGGGGUGGAGGAGCAGUACAUGACCAUGGUCCUAGGCAUCGGGCCUGUGCUGGGCCUGCUCUUCAUACCUCUGAUCGGCUCGGCCAGUGACCGCUGCACCAGCAGCUACGGCCGGCGCCGGCCCUUCAUCUGGCUGCUGUCGCUGGGCGUGCUCCUGGCCCUCCUCAUCAUCCCCCACGCCGACGUCCUGGCGGCCCGCUUCAGCUGGGGGGGCCGCGCCCUGCAGGUGGGCUUCCUCAUCCUGGGGGUGGGGCUGCUGGACUUCUGCGGCCAGGUGUGCUUCACCCCUCUGGAGGCGCUGCUGUCAGACCUGUACCGCGAGGAGGAGGAGGACUGCGGCCAGGCCUUCGCUAUGUUCUCCUUCAUGGUCAGCCUGGGCGGCUGCAUCGGCUACCUGCUGCCGGCGCUGGACUGGAGCGGCGGGCUCCUCUCCCUCUACCUGGGCGGUCAGGAGGAGUGCCUCUUCUCCCUCCUGGUCCUCAUCUUCGUGGCCAGCGUCCUGGUCACCAUGAAGGUGUCGGAGGAGCCACCCUGCUGCGCGCCGGCCCCAGAGCCCCGCCCGCCGGAGCCGGGGGGGCGGUGCGUGCCCCGCUCCUGCUGCUACCUGCUCAGGUGCAAGCUGCGGCUGCUGAAGGUGGGGCCGCUGCUCUGCCUGCUGCGCACCUGCUGGUCCAUGACCCCCGCCAUCUACCGCAGCUACUGCCACCUGCCGCGGGUGAUGCGGCAGCUGUGCGCCGCGCAGCUCUGCAGCUGGAUGGCCGUCAUGUCCUUCAUGCUCUUCUACACCGACUUCGUCGGGGAGGGGCUCUACGAGGGCGUGCCCAGCGCCGCCCCCGGGACCGCCUCCCGGCAGCGCUACGAUGAGGGGAUCCGCAUGGGGAGCCUGGGGCUGUUCCUGCAGUGUGCUACCUCCACCCUCUUCUCCCUGGGCAUGAGCCGGCUGGUGCGCCUCUUCGGCUCACGGCGGGUCUACCUGAGCAGCAUGGUGAGCUUCACCGUCUCCGCCCUGGUCAUCUGCCUGUCCAAGAGCGUGGUGCUGGUCACCGUCAUGUCCGCCCUCACGGGCUUCGCCUACGCCACCCUGCAGACGCUGCCCUACACGCUCACCUGCCACUACCACAAGGAGAAGGAGGUUUAUAUGCCAAAAAGCAAAACCAAAAAUGCGCAUAAGAAUGGGAUCACAAUCACAAGGGAGUCAGUGUGUUUGACAGCGGAGGACGAGGAGGGCGGGCUGCACCACAAGCGGGGCGGGGCUAAUGGCCACGCCUACUUCAGUGGGAAUGGCCCCGGGUACUACGCUUCGCACAGCCACAACAGCUCCGCCCAGGGCUCCGCCUCCUCAGAGCUGGAGGACCACGGGAAGCGAGGCGUGGGCCUGGACUUCGCCAUCCUGGACAGCACCUUCCUCCUCUCUCAGGUCUUCCCCACCCUCUUCAUGGGCAUGAUCGUGCAGUUCACGGAGUCCGUCACCGCCUACAUCGCCUCUUCUACCAUCUUCGGCAUCGUCGCCAUCUACCUGGCCAACCGCAUCGUCUUCGACCAAAGGGACCUCAAGUGCUGAGGGAGGAGGAGGAGGAGGAGGAAACU